CACACACACACACACAGACGCGCGCUGGGGACGCUGAACAGGAGCAGGAGAGCAGGAUACACACAGGUCUGCAGUCAUGCGUCUGCGUGUGGUUUCUCUCUGAGUUACUUGUCAUCAUUCUCUUUGUACAAUACAGGAUUAUCACUGCGUGCAAGGGUGAAGAAAACUACUGAACAACAGACUUUAUCCUCUCCAUUCAUUUCUCCAAGAUGUUGAGAGCGCCACUCAUAACCAUCUGUGUUGGCCUCCUUCUUAUUUUCAGCAGCAAGGCUAAGACAAAUGGAAAAGACAAGAAGUCAAAACAAGUUGUGCCGGAUGUAAAAUGUAAUGUGCGUGCGGGAAAUAUCAACUUCCCAGAAUUUAUUGUUCGAUGUCCCUCAAAUUGCCAUGAGACCAAGGAGAAAGUUUACGGAACAGACACCUUUGCCUCCAUAUCCAGCAUCUGCAAUGCCGCUAUUCACAAUGGAAUCAUUACAAAUUCUGGAGGAAAGGUGAUUGUAAAGAAGAUGGCCGGACUGGAAAUGUAUAAAGGCAGUUUUGCACAUGGCAUUCGGUCACUUUCCCUCCCUAAAUGGAGAGAGUCUUUCACUGUCUCAGUGGGCAAGCCAAAGAAAGGUGUGAUCUACCCCUCUACCUUGGAAUAUAAAACUUCAAGUCAGACGAAACCCACAAUCCCCACCACCAAAACGUCAGGGACAACAACUUCCGCGCCAAUGACAACCACACUCGAGCCAACCACCACAACCACAACCCCACCCCCAACCACUUCCACCACAACGACAACCACCACUGCCAAGCCACGCCCUGUACACGUCAGAGAUGCAGGCAACAGUCACCCAUACCUUUUCUCAGUGGGUGCGGCAGCCAGUGCACGGCAGUCACAGAUUGGCCCAGCAAAGAAUCUUCCUCCAGCAUUCAGAGGUGGCUCACACUUUGCUGGUAGAUUCUCACCUCGCGUCAACCCAGGAGCUCGCAGACUAGAUACCUCUAAUAGGAGACCACCAUCAGCUCCUGCUACCUCAGUUUUAAGUCGGGUCCAGCCAGUCCAGCCUGAGAGGAGCCCACAGACCGGCCACACCAAUCCUGCCCUUGCACGCAGAAAAUGGCCACAUUCUGCCUCUGCUCAGCCCGAUUGGCUUUCCAGUUCAAGAAGACCAACAGAUCUAAGUAACUCUGAGACAGACACUGGCUACACAUGGAGCAAUGGGGGCACUGUUGAUUCCGCAGCUCCCGACCCAAGACCAGAUAUUUCAGAGUAUGAGCGCUGGUAUUAUAACGGACAGUAUCCUUCUCGAACCACAGAUACAGAAAGUGGACCAAAGCACCCCCCUGAAACCCGUACAAGAGUGGAGACAGUGGAGAUGGAGAAGCCAGAAUGGAAGCCUUUUGAUUUAGACGAGGUGCCAGACCCCUUACCAGGCGCUCAGGGAGACCCGAACUGUAAAGUUGACAUCGCCUUCCUUAUGGAUGGCAGCUGGAGCAUCGGGAAACGCCGUUUUAAGAUCCAAAAAGAUUUUCUGGCUGAAGUUUCCCAGGUCAUCAAUGUAGGCAUUAGUGGCCCAAUGAUGGGGAUCAUCCAGUAUGGGGAUGAUCCAGUGACAGAGUUCGGUCUGCGGCAGUUCUCUAGCUCGAAAGACCUGAAACCUGCCAUUGACAAGAUAGUCCAGAAAGGCGGGCUUUCCAAUGUAGGGAAAGCCCUCUCCUACAUCAACAAGCAUUUCUUCAGUGAUGCUAAUGGAAACCGAGGUGGGGCGCCCAAUGUCGCUGUGGUGCUGGUGGACGGCUGGCCUACAGACAAAGUAGAGGAGGCUUCAAGAUUGGCACGGGAAUCUGGAAUCAACAUUUUCUUCGUUACCAUUGAGGGUCCAGAUGACAGCGAGAAGCACAAUGUGGUUGAGGCCAACUUUGUGGACAAGGCUGUGUGCAGGACCAAUGGCUUCUACUCACUGCCAGUGGCCAGCUGGUUCGCACUGCGGAAGGCAGCGCAGCCUCUGGUGAAACGUUUAUGCGACACCGACCGGCUCCUUUGCAGCAAGACCUGCCUGAACGCCAAUGACAUCGCCUUCGUCAUUGACGGCUCAAGCAGCGUCGGAACCGGCAACUUCCGUACGGUGCUGCAGUUCGUGGCCAAUGUGUCCCGCGAGUUCGAGAUCUCCGACACGGAUACACGCAUUGGUGCUGUGCAGUACACUUACGAGCAGAGACUUGAGUUCGCCUUUGGCCAGCAUAACACCAAGACCGAUGUCCUAAAUGCUAUCCGCCGCAUCAAUUACUGGAGUGGCGGUACUAGCACAGGUGCUGCUAUCACCUACGCUGCUGAGAAGCUCUUCAGCAAGUCCAAGCCAAACAAGCGUAAGAUCAUGAUUGUCAUCACAGAUGGCCGCUCCUAUGAUGAUGUACGUGCACCUGCUCUGGCCGUACACCGCUCAGGUGUGAUCGCCUACUCCGUCGGCAUCGCCUGGGCUGCACAGGAUGAGCUGGAAUACAUCGCUACAGACCCAGACAAAGAUCACUCCUUCUUUGUGGAUGAGUUUGACAACCUCUACAAAUAUGUGCCCAAGAUUAUAAACAACAUCUGCCACGAGUUUAACUCUCAGCCACGGAACUAAGCUGGCCAUGGGUCGGAACGGAUCGGGACUGGAUCAUCUAGGAGCUUCAAUCCCAUCAGAAGUAUUUUAUGAUGGUACCGUAGUAGUGUUACCAUAAAUACCUUAUUCGUGUUUUUGAGGCAUUAUUAAGAGGAGAUUUGGGCCAGUGCCAGCGUUUUUAAGGUUGGCACUUUUCUUUAAGCAGAGGUAUUUGGCACUGGGCUUUUAAGGAAGCAGUGCAGCAUGUAUGGCUUCAGGAAGUCUGUUGUCUAGUUGUGAGGGAUGUGAGAACAAAUAAUAGAUUAUAUAUUUAUAUAACACAGUACUAACAUAACUAUUCCAUUUCCAUGAAAAAAGCAUACAAUAAAUGUUUCGCUAGCUACAUAUACAUAAACAAAAAUGCUCUAUAUAUAUUAUUAUUUUUCUAAACAAAUGACCUAAGUACAAUAUUCAUUAAUAAAUAUGAUAUAAAGAGAAGACUUGUGACCUAAGGUUUAUAAUGUAAGUAUGGGUUUUUAAAAGUUAUUUUUGUAUUAUAUUUGGUUCUUCCACAUGUCUAUGUAUGUUUCCGUGUUCUGGUAAUAAAGUCGAUGGAUUCUAAUACUUAAUGAAUUUUUAAACUGAAAGCUGCAUGUUGCAGGAUAUGUUUCUAAGCACCGGUUUUGACUAAAACCGAUAUAAAUUGAAUAACGAAUGAAAAUAACGAAUUUCUCUGUUUUUUUUGCGUGAUAGUAACUAUUCUCUCAAACCUUUCUCAGCUUUUUCAUUUUUAAAAUUUCUGUAAUAUUUGUUCUAUUUGUACAUAUACACAAUAAAAUAAAGUCUAUUGAUUUUGACUGUGUAAGUGGCAGACAUUCUUAUUUUAAUGCAAUUUGUAAUAAAAAGAUGAUACCGAA